AUGGUUUCGAGUCGUACAGUGAAAGAGCUCGGCGUAUUUGCGGGGCUUAUUGUCGCGAUGCAUUACGCCUACUACAAGAUCCAAAAUAAUCCUUCUCUAGUGGCACCUGAACAGAGGUCUGAACUUUUCUACGUGAGGUGGCUCAAAGAGAAAUUCCCAGCACUUCGUCCGUAUGGUGUACAGGAGUACAAGCCAGACCCUCCUGCUGCAAAAGAGUGA